UCUCUCAUUGUCAAAAAAAUCAAGAGCUGUGGAAAUGGGAGGAGGUGCCAUCUUGGAUUUGGGAGUCUACAUGUUGCAAUUCCAACAGUACGUUUUCCGGGGACUCCGUCCAAUCAAUAUUGCAGUCAAUAGCCAUUUAAAUGACCAAAAAACCGACGAAAGUGCCGGUGCUAUUAUCACUUAUCCUGAUGGCAAAAUGGCAGUGGUUAGCACUUCGGCCAGAGUAUCGCUACCAAAUGAAGGCACUGUUGUUGGCACCAAAGGCACAAUCAGAAUGCCCGAUUUUUGGUGUCCCACUCAACUUAUUACGCCCGAAAAAACGGUUGCUUUUUUCCAUAAGAACAGUGCCGGGUUAGCUUACCAAGCUGAAGAAGCGCGACAGUGUAUCAAAGCUGGUAAAACAGAAUGUCCCCACAUGCCACACCAGGAGUCAAUUGAACUAGCCCAGCUGAUGGAUUUAUUGAGGAAAGAAGUUGGGGUUGUUUUUCCGCAAGAUUUUGAAUAAUCACCAAAUUUCGAGAAAAUUUGUAUGUAAUGUAAUAUGAUUCGGAGAAUAAUAAAGAACUUUGAAAGAG